AUGGCAGGACCCUUCCUGUUCAAUUUCGCCAUUGACGACAUUAUGCGAAGAACAGUCGACCAGUGUCCUGCCGACAUUGUCUUAGCACCAUCAGGGUGCCCCUUGACUGGCCUCGAGUACGCCGACGAUGUCGUUAUAUUCGCGGAAAGCAGUACGAAACUUCAACAUGUUGUCAACCUUGGGUCGAAGCUGGCUGCAGCCUAUGGACUACGUCUACGCCCUGAUAAAUGCAGGCAGAUGUGGAUCUCUUUGAGACCCCGAACGGAAAUCAGGGCCACUUCUGCAUUUAACUCCUUAACGAAUGGUCAACCCCAUCACCAACGAAGUCAAGCUGCGAGUCUACCUAUCCGCAAUUCCUCCCAUCAUGAUGUACGGAUCGGAGACUUGGGCAGCACUAUCAACGGUUAUGGAGAGGAUGAAGAUCCUUACGCAGAACUUGAUGUGGUAUACCGGCGGAUGACAAGUGGAAGAUACCAACAUCUUGCACCGCCAUCGAAAGUGGCUAAAGUAAAUCGUCUUCGCUUCUUUGGUCAUGUAUUAGGGAGACCAGCAGAUCGCCUUGUUCAACGAGUUCUGGGGAGUUUGCCGGGUUCGAGUUGGAAGAAUCCACCUGGCCGAAAACGGAAUUUCUGGACUAAGGUGGUGAAAGAGGACCUGAGGACACUCUUGAAGUCGGCGCCAAAUACUGUAGUAGCGGCGCAACGUUUCCGUUUUCCAGCUUUUGUUUUGUUUGAAAGUCGAGAUUUCUUAGCACUCAAAUUCGAAAGGUUUGUACUCGUAGACUGA